AUGGCUGGGGUGUUGAGUGAGGAGUCUGGAGUGGGUAAGUCUGUGGAGGGGACUUCGCGUGGCCAGACUUGUACUGGGGAAGCAUUGGCGGAAUGGAGAUCUUCUGAGCAAGUGGAGAAUGGAAUCGCGUCUACUUCUCCUCCUUACUGGGACACUGACGAAGACGAUGGUGGACCAAAACCUUCCGAGUUAUAUGGGAAAUAUACCUGGAAGAUAGAAAAGUUUUCCCAGAUUACCAAAAGGGAACUUCGCAGUAAUGCAUUUGAGGUUGGAGGCUACAAAUGGUAUAUUUUAAUUUAUCCACAAGGUUGUGAUGUAUGCAAUCAUCUCUCGCUGUUUCUGUGUGUAGCUAAUCAUGACAAACUUCUUCCAGGGUGGAGCCAUUUUGCACAAUUUACAAUAGCUGUGGUCAAUAAAGACCCAAAGAAAUCAAAAUAUUCUGAUACAUUGCACCGAUUUUGGAAGAAGGAGCAUGACUGGGGAUGGAAAAAGUUUAUGGAGCUGUCAAAGGUGUAUGAUGGAUUUGUUGACACUUCUGACAAUUUGAUAAUAAAAGCUCAAGUUCAAGUCAUCAGGGAGAAAUCAGAGAGGCCUUUCCGUUGCCUUGAUUGUCAUUAUAGGAGGGAACUUGUUAGGGUAUAUUUAACAAAUGUAGAACAAAUUUGUCGGCGUUUUGUGGAGGAAAGGCGGAGCAAGCUUGGGAAGUUGAUAGAGGAUAAAGCUAGGUGGUCGAGUUUCUUUGCUUUCUGGAGGGGGAUUGACCAAACAUCUAGGCGCCGGAUGUCUAGAGAGAAGACAGAUGUAAUUUUAAAAGUUGUAGUGAAACACUUUUUUAUUGAGAAAGAAGUCACUUCUACUUUGGUAAUGGAUUCCUUGUAUAGUGGAUUGAAGGCUCUUGAGGGCCAGACUAGCAAGAAAGGUUUGGUAAAAUUGUUGGACUCUGAAGAAAUAACAGCACCUAUUGUCCGUGUUGAAAAAGACAUGUUUGUACUGGUGGAUGAUGUUUUACCCCUUCUUGAAAGGGCUGCUAUAGAACCACUCCCUCCAAAAGAUGAAAAGGGUCCUCAAAAUCGUACAAAGGAUGGAAACUCCGGGGAGGAUUUUAAUAAAGAUUCUAUGGAGCGUGAUGAAAGGCGUCUCACAGAAUUAGGGCGAAGGACUUUGGAAAUAUUUGUCCUUGCUCAUAUAUUCAGCAACAAAAUUGAGGUUGCUUAUCAGGAAGCUGUUGCUCUAAAGAGACAAGAAGAACUCAUUCGUGAAGAAGAGGCAUCAUGGCAAGCUGAAAACGAUCAGAAAACAAAACGUGGAGUCAAUGAGAGGGAAAAGAAAUCAAAGAAAAAACAGGCCAAACAAAAGCGGAAUAAUAGGAAAGUAAAGGAUAAAGUGAGAGAGGAGAGGAUUAUUAUGACUGUGCAUGAGACGAGCCAGGAAGACAAUGCUGUUGAUGAGAAAAUGGAUUCUAACGAGGAAGCUCAAACUCUAUCUGAAAAGCCUGAUGCUGUGGAAGAUAUUUCUGAUGUGUCUGAUUCUGUGGAUGGAGUUGCUGAAGUGCUACAGCCGGAUUCAGAAGACAGAGAUACUAGUCCUGUUAAUUGGGACACUGAUGCAUCAGAAGUUCAUCCUCCAACUGAGGCCAGUAACAAUGGCAUUGGUGGUGUUUCAUCCAAACAAAAUGGAACGUCUGCUAAAAGGUGCAACUCGGCAAUAGAUGAUAGUUCUUCAACGUGUUCUUCCGAUUCUUUGCCACCAUCAGUAGUCAUGAUUGACCCCUACAAGGGGAGCACCUUUUCAAAUUGUAAAGUCCAGAAGUCACCUAGCAGAGGUAAGAGCAAAGGCAAAGCAUCAUGUGACACUGGUGGUUGGACGAAUCAAGUAAAAAGUCAGUCAUCUGUUGCUGCUGCACAUGCUGGGGUUAUUAACAAAGAGUCUGGAAAUGGCAAGGUUGGAAAAAAUGAGUUUGAGGGUGCUGUCGUUACCUUGAAGGACCGGUUAAAGUGGGCUGAGAAGCAUGUUGUCAAAAAGGACGAGGAUGUUCUUUCACUUCAAAUGAAACCCAGCAUCCAAGACAAAGUUGUUGAGAUUGAGAGACCUACUGACAACGGAUGUCUACAGAAAGCUGUACCUUCUCCACCUAUCAGUCCUCCUAGAAACUCCUCUCUUCAAAUGAAGUCAGAAAACAAGACAAGUGCUACAUUAGAUACUUUUCAUGUCGCUAAAGCAGCUUUAAGUGGCUCCCAACAGACUGAUAAAGUCCCAUCCUCCCCUCUUACCUCUGCAUCUCAAGCUACAACUGCGUCCAAAACUGAGAUCCAGAAGACUUCAAUUGCAAGAUUAACUGAAAGAUCUGUAGCACGAGUGCCUACUAUCUCAAGACCUUCAAGUACUCUGGUUUCUGGUUCCAGGCCAGCUGCUCCCGCGGUCUCAAUGGUUCAAACAUCUCCCCCACUAGCACGCUCAGUGAGUGCAGCUGGUCGGUUGGGUCCUGAUCCCUCACCUGCCACUCAUAGUUACGUUCCUCAAUCCUACAGAAAUGCUAUCAUAGGGAACACUGCGACAUCAACUGCUCCCAGUCUGACCCAUUCAAGCUCCUCAUGUUCAGGCGGAAACCCAUCCGCUAGCUAUUCUCAAGCAUCUUCCUUGGUGUCAUCAUCGAUGUUUUUAUCCCAGAGCUCUGAUAGAAUGGACGCUAAUGUUGUCCAGUCUGGCGUUCCCUUUGGCAUGAGAACACAUGAUGUUUUACAGAAUGGUCACCAUUGGAUUGAAAGUUCUCAAAGAGAAUCAACCAGAAGCAUGCAGUAUGAUCAACCCUCUGGUAUUAAUGGUGAUCAAAACCAUGACUUGUACAGGCCACUGCACAGCAGAUCUAUGGGCAACAUGUUAACUGAGUUCCCAGCAUGCACAUCCGGGCGUCAGAAUCAAGCAUUACUAGUGGACGAGUUUCCGCAUCUUGAUAUCAUAAAUGACCUGCUUGAUGAUGAACAUAGCAUUGGGAUGACGUCCAGGACAAGUUUGGGAUUCAGUUCUUUGGGUAAUGGGUCACAGUCGCUAAAUCGACAAUUCAGCUUUCCUGGAGACUUGGAUGUAAAUGGUGAUCGUGGAUCCUCAAUCAGUUCUUGCAGGCUUGAGCGAUCACAAAGUUACCAUCAUGACCAUGGAUUCCGAGGAGGCUAUAGCUCAUCUCAUGGGCAUUUUGAUUCACUGAGGGAUUUCAUCCCACAAGUUAGAAGCAUACCUUAUGUCAACGGUCAUGUUGACGGAUUGAUUCCAAACCAAUGGCAGGUGGCGGGUUCUGAUAUAUUGUAUGCAGGCAUGAGAAACACAGAGAAUGAUGGCUACCCAUACUAUCCAGAUUACUCAAAUAUGGCAAGUGCUGUCAAUGGUUAUACUCCAUUCAGGCCUUCAAAUGGUCCUUAG